AUGGGGGAGGUCUUGAAGAGGAGGCCCAUCAUCUCUGGCAGAGAGCGGGGGCCGGGUCCUGGACGCUAUGCGCUGCCUCCUACCAUCGGCCACAUCGGGCACGACUACACCAAGCCCUGCAGCCCGGCCUACUCCUUCCACAGCCGCAUGAGCAGCACCAUGGUCUCGGUGGACUCCAGCCCAGGUCCUCAGUAUCACAUCGGUGCCAAGAUGACGCGCCAUGGCCGCGACGGCACGCCGUCCUUCUCCAUGCUCGGACGCAACAAGAAAUCAGGUGAGUUGUUCCAGACGCCCGGCCCGGGAGCCUACAGCCCGGAGAAGGCCCCUCCCGUCAACCUCCAUCACCGGCCCCCAUCCUACUCCAUGGGCUCCCGCACGCGCUACCGCGCCACCGACACCGUGCCGGCGCCCAACUCCUACACGCUGCCCUCACUCAUGGGCACCCCGGCCCCCAACAAGCCCGCCAGCCCCUGCUACACGCUCUCGGCACGCCGGAAAACGGGCUCGGCCUCCGAGGACCUGGCCAUGACGCCGGGGCCCGGCAAGUACAACAGCACGGACCCCAGCGUGUACCUGCACCGGCAGCCGUCCUUCUCCAUGCAGAGCCGCACCUCCAGGCCCAACGACGCCACGCGCAAGCCGGGCCCCGGCACGCACGCCUCGGAGAAGGUGGUGGCCCACCUGCCGCGCCCGCCCUCCUUCUCCAUGGGCGUCCGGCACUCGGAGUUUGUCACGCCGCUCGUGGUCGACGUGUGGGAGUGAUAUGGGAAGUACUUGUGGCUUUGCUUGGGCACAAUGAUGACGUUUCGACCUUAAGGUGAGGAUGACCACAAGGUC